GGAAGUGUUGAAUGGUUCAGUAAGCACCAAAGGCAUAAUUUCUUGAGGUGUUUUGCGAGAAUCUACUGGAUUUUCCUGUUUGAGAAAUUCUGUAGCAAUGAGACACCAUGUGAAUCGUGUAAGUGAUAAAUGGCCAACUCGCAAACAGUCACAGUCUCAAUGUCAAGUGCACGAAAAAUAUUGAUACAAGCACAGAUGGAAGUCUUUAAAGACAACUGUUGGUGUCAAAUGAGCCACCAGUUUAUCCGUGAGCUCUGAAAGGAAAAGUUUACAUUCUUAGUGUUCGUAAGAUUGAAAACAAAGUGUCCCACAGAUUCUUCGGUAAUCACAAUGAAUUUCUACGGAUUGAUCGUAUUUUUCGGAUUCAUUUGCUUUGCAUACAGUUUACCGCAAUUAAGGCCAGAUCAAGCCCAAGAUCCCAAUUCUGUAGAUGAUGAUAUUGGGUGGUCAUGGGGAGUGAGUGAUACAAAUGAUGAUAACAGGAAUGUCAACAACCAAGUGAAUAUGGGAAGUUCAAAUGUUAAUCGCCGACCACAAAGUCCUCAGGGGCCUCAGGUUCCACUCCCACAGAAUCCUCCAAUUCCUCAACGACCUGGAACAACACUACCUCCGGGAGUUACUGAGGCACCUUCAGAAUCUUUCUUACGAUGCUUUGAUGCUUGUCCAACUACUAGUCAAUACAGCCCUGUUUGUGGAUCAGAUCAGCAAAGUUAUCACAAUAUGGCCAAGUUUGACUGUGCCGUUGCUUGUGGAGCAAAUAUUCAAGUUCUUUUUGUUGGAACCUGUGUCCCUAUUAGUGGAUAAAAAAAAAGAUAUCCCAAGUAAAUUUUAAGAUAUUUUAUUACAUAAAUGUCUUCCUCUUUCGAGAAGAAAUACAUACAAAAGACUUUAAAAUUGACAAAAAUUUCUCAACUUAACUGCAGAAGAGUUCAAUAAAAAACUUAUAAUGUGACAAUUUAA